AUGGCAAAACUAUGCGAACAGGCUGGAAACAAGUCAUUUAUGUACUUUGAGAAAAACCCACAUACUUUGCUAUGUGACGAUCGAUACCAUGAUCUUGAGCAAUCAUAUUCUUAUUUGGAGCAAAAUGGUCAAUUUGUCAAGCAAAGCAUCAAAGAUCAAAGCGAAUCAAAAGCGAUGAAAUUUCAGGGUAUGAUCCAGAUCGAUGGUAUUGAUGUCUCAGUAUUGAAGCAAAACAAAGAAUCUUCUAAAGGUGGUACUAAGAGAAUGUGUAUGAAAGGCGAAGAUGAAUGUCAAUACAUAAACAAAUUGACAACAAGGGAGCUUCAAGAAACCAUCAAUAAGUGCGUGUUUAUCGACCCAGGGCGCCGUGAUUUAUUGUAUUGUAUGCAUGAGAGAAGUAAACCAAAUAGCAAGAGCGAUCUCUAUCGGUAUAUUAUUAACCAAAGGGGCAAAGAAACCAAGUUGAGGAAAUUCACUAAAUUGCGUCAAAAUACGAAACCUGAAGAAGUAAAGCAAUCUGAAGCAUAUCUUUCAAAGCAUCCAACUUCAACCGUUAACGUUCUUCAAUUUGCCGAAUACUUGAAAGCCAGGGCAAGAGUUCAUGGGACACUGCCCACAUAUUACACGAAUGAAGACAAUGAGCAUUACGAUUAUGAUUUACUUCAUUUCCGCAAGACGAAGCUAUCUUCGAUCGUCAACAGGCAGCAGUCUGACAGCCGGCUAUCAGCAAAAAUUCGAGAAAAGCUCGGAAAAGAUUCUGUUCUCGUUAUUGGGGGUUGGUCUGUUGCAAACCAAAAAUAUCAUGAGUUAAUCCGUGGCAAGGAUAUGCGAAGAAUGCUGAAGAAACGUAGUUUGUCCGUUUAUUUGAUCGAUGAACACAAGAUGUCCACCUUUAAAGAUGAAGAAUUAGAAAAAUUUGCAAAAGUCCCUAAUCCACGGCCAUUUCGACCAAUGCACAAAUCAAGAAUGUUUGGAGUCCAGAAAUCAAUGGAAUGGGAUUUAGUAGCUGUUUUGAAUUUAAAAGCAAUCAUAGAAGGUCAUCGACAAGCACUUUGUCGCCCUUCAAGAUUUCAGAGGUAA